AUGAAGCCACCGUACAAAAUCGCGGAUGAGAAGUUGGCAGAGCUUGGACGCAAAGAAAUAAUGCUAGCUGAAAAAGAAAUGCCUGGAUUAAUGGCUUGCCGCCGAAAAUAUGCUGCUGCAAAGAUUCUUAAAGGAGCAAGAAUUGCAGGAAGCCUACACAUGACAGUUCAAACUGCUGUGCUUAUUGAGACACUCAUUGAAUUGGGAGCUGAAGUUCAAUGGUCAAGCAGCAAUAUCUACAGCACACAAGAUGAAGCAGCAGCUGCGUUAGUGGCUGUUGGAAUUCCUAUCUAUGCUUGGAAGGGGGAAACAGAGGAGGAAUAUGUGUGGUGUAUUGAACAAACACUCAUUUUCCCUGAUGGAAAGCCAUUAAACAUGAUUUUGGAUGAUGGAGGUGACUUAACCAAUCUGGUUCAUACUAAGCACCCUGAACUAUUAGAAGGUAUAAGAGGUAUCUCGGAAGAAACUACAACAGGUGUUCACAACUUAUACAAAAUGUUCCGUGAAGGUAUUUUAAAAGUACCCGCUAUUAAUGUUAACGAUUCUGUUACAAAAAGCAAGUUUGAUAACUUAUAUGGAUGCAGAGAAUCACUUCUAGAUGGAAUUAAGAGAGCAACUGACAUUAUGAUUGCCGGAAAAGUUUGUGUGGUGGCUGGUUAUGGAGAUGUGGGUAAAGGAUGUGCUCAAGCUUUCAAAGGUUUUGGAGGUAGAGUUAUUGUAACUGAAAUAGAUCCCAUCAAUGCACUCCAAGCAGCUAUGGAAGGCUUCCAGGUAACCACCAUGGAUGAGGCUUCAGAGAUUGGACAAAUAUUUGUAACCACUACUGGCAACAUUGAUAUAAUUUGCAAAGAGCAUUUUAUAAAGAUGAAAGAUGAUGCAAUUGUUUGUAACAUUGGUCACUUCGACUGUGAGGUGGAUGUUGCUUGGUUAGACAAGAAUGCCAAGAAAGUUAACAUCAAACCUCAGGUAGAUAGAUAUGAACUUGAAAAUGGUAACCAUAUUAUUGUUCUUGCUGCAGGAAGGCUUGUUAAUUUAGGUUGUGCUACAGGGCACUCAUCAUUUGUCAUGUCAAAUUCUUUUACCAACCAAGUCUUAGCUCAGAUUGAAUUAUGGACCAAACAUAACACUUACCCAAUUGGAGUACACACAUUACCUAAAAAACUGGAUGAAGAAGUAGCUGCAUUACAUUUGGAUCAUUUGGGUGUUAAACUUACAAAACUCUCUGCCAAACAAGCCAACUAUAUUGGAGUUCCAGUUGAAGGCCCUUAUAAGCCAGACCAUUACAGAUAU